AUGCAGCUGAAGGACCGGAAUGCCUGUAGAAGGAGUGUUUUCUGGGUUGGGAAUGUUCAUUGUGCUUCAUGUGUGGCCUAUGUCACUGAUGUACUCUCGGAAAUUCCUUCCGUCAGGGAUAUCGAUGUGUCGAUCUUGACCUCCGAGGUGCGGGUUACCCAUGGCAUCUCAACACAACCAGCAGAUCUUGUUGUGGCUUUGAUUCAUGCUGCAUUUGAAGUACACCAUAUUACCACUUAUGAUGAACGUGGCAACAUUGUCGCUGAACUCGAUACUACUUCCUGGAAUCCCCGCGGAUCGGCCCUAUUCUCUACACCCCGAACAUCUUACUCAAGUAUCUCUUCUAAUAUCAAGGAGAGAUUACAUACAAGUAGGGAGAAGCGACAUAUUGCAAAUUGUGACGCAUGCAAGAAAGAAGAGGCUGGAAGACUUGUCGCCCUGAAUGAGAAACACUCUCUCAACGAUAUACAACAGGCUUCUCCAAUAUCUUGCGAUGACCGGAGCGAAAAGACAUUGGAAGCAGCGGACGAGCAGGAUAAAUCCCCACCAUCGGUUGCCACAUCGAAAACAAGAAUCACGUCGGACUUAUCCCAUUUUACACACAUUCCUCAGAGAAUACCCGAAACGCCUGAUGAAUUCAAUGCAGUAGUCAGCAUUGCAGGCAUGAGUUGUGCAUCUUGUGUCAACAGUGUAACUGCCGCAGUUAAGGAACUUGAGGUGGUCAAGGAGGUCACGGUGAAUCUCCUCACGAACAAUGCAACCCUGGUGUAUCUCGGACCAAAGGAAAAUAUCGAUCUGGUCACGGAACGAAUAGAGGACCUUGGGUUUGAAGCUUUUCUUGAUAGAGUUGACCCAGUCCCCCAACCCCCAAAACUUGAGCCGACUGCAACAUGUUACGUCUGUGAAAUCGCUAUCACUGGCAUGACCUGCGGUUCCUGUGUGGGAUCAGUGAAACGGGGACUGGAAGAGCUUCCAUUCAUAAAAAAUGUGUCGGUAAACCUCCUGUCACAUAGUGGGAGAGUGGAGUUUGAAGACCGCAACAAUCUAGACAAGAUUGUGGAGAAAAUCGAAGAUCUAGGCUACGAUGCCGUUGCGAGCAAUGUGCAUUUACUUUCCCAGGCUACAGAAGAUACAGGCUAUGUGGAAGCAAGAACAGUUUCAAUUCGUGUCGAUGGAAUGUUUUGUCACCACUGUCCAGAGAAGGUGCUUGCUUCUCUGGAAACACUCCCAGGUGUCACUCUCGAGGCUGCUCCUUCAGAGAAACAUCCUAUACUCAGAGUCACUUAUGUACCAGCAGCACCUUUCCUGACUAUCCGAUCGAUCGUUGCGACAAUCAACGAGGCCAAUAGCGCCUUCAACGCUCACGUUUACCACGCACCGACUAUUGAAGAGCGCUCUCGUGCCAUGCAGAUGCAUGAGCGACGUCGGCUUUUGGUUCGACUGGCUUUUGUAUUUUCUGUGGCAAUUCCAACAUUCAUUAUCGGCAUCGUCUUCAUGUCACUUGUCUCUUCGGAAAAUCCUAUCCGCAAAUACCUGGAGCAGAAGAUCUGGUCUGGUAGCGUGACUCGUACGGAAUGGGCCCUGUUCAUUAUGUCAACCCCAGUCAUGAUUUAUGGCACCGAUGUUUUUCAUACUCGAGCCCUAAAAGAGAUCUAUGCCUUGUGGCGCCCGGGAAGCCGCGUGCCAAUUCUUCGAAGAUUUUAUCGAUUCGGAAGCAUGAACCUCCUCAUAUCUGCCGGAACAGCAGUGGCGUAUUUCUCCUCACUGGCAGUUUUAAUCGUUGACGCUGUCGUUGGGACGAAAGCAAGCGCCCAGAGUACCACAUAUUUUGAUACAGUCGUCUUUUUGACAUUCUUCAUCCUAGCCGGUCGUUCCUUGGAGGCAUACAGUAAAGCUAAAACGGGUGAUGCGGUCAGCUCGCUGGGUAAGCUUCGUCCCUCUCAGGCAUUGCUUGUCCAGGACCAGCCCAUUUCAAACAACACACAAAGCCCAGCGCUAGGCCAAGUUACCCACGUCAAUGUCGACCUUCUCGAAGUCGGCGACAAAGUCAGUAUUCCUCACGGUACAUCCCCUCCGGCCGAUGGUGUUGUGGUCAGCGAGGGUUCGUUCAAUUUUGAUGAGAGCUCGUUGACUGGAGAGUCGCGCCCUGUCAAGAAAACUCGCGAAGACCAAGUUUAUACAGGCUCCGUCAACGUCGGACAACCGGUUCAGAUCCGAAUUACUGCGUUAGGGGGCUCUUCAAUGCUUGAUAGAAUUAUUGCCGUGGUUCGAGAGGGCCAGAGCAAGCGUGCGCCUUUAGAGAGAAUUGCCGACCUCCUCACUUCCCACUUUGUCCCUCUCAUUACCUUGAUUGCAAUUCUUACUUUUAUGAUAUGGCUUGCACUUGGCCAUUCUGGUGCGCUUCCUGAUGACUACCUCGAUGUCGCCGAGGGUGGAUGGACAUUUUGGAGUUUGGAGUUUGCCAUUGCCGUCUUUGUGGUGGCUUGUCCGUGUGGGCUGGCAUUGGCAGCCCCCACAGCACUGUUCGUUGGCGGUGGAUUAGCCGCCAAAAAUGGUAUCCUGGUCAAAGGUGGCGGCGAAGCUUUCCAAGAAGCUAGUCGUCUGGACGCCAUCGUCUUCGAUAAGACUGGAACUUUGACUGAAGGAGGCAGCCUAAAGGUCUCGGACCAUGAGGUAUUGACUAAAGAUGAGUCUCUACUCAAGUAUGCAUGGGCUCUCGCUCGGAAGAUGGAGGAGAGCAGCAAUCACCCAAUUGCCCAAGCAAUAUAUGCCUUCUGCGAGUCAAAAUCACCUGUCAAUAUACUGUCAUCAGAUCUCCAGGAGAUACUAGGACAAGGAAUGAAGGGCACUUUCACCGUGCGUGACGGUUCAUCGGAACAUCAAUACGAAGCUGCCAUUGGCAAUGAGCGCCUGCUAGAUAGCGUCCUGCCCUCUGAAGUCGACACAUAUUUUAUUACCAACCUACUCUCAAAGUUUCAGUCUGCAGGCAAAUCAACUGCAAUUCUCUUGUUAAGACCCAUCAACCAGCCCGAAAAGUCGCACUUUGUCCCUGCAAUCAUCUUUGCAACCUCAGACACCAUACGUCCAGAAGCUAUUGAUAUUAUAUCCCAGCUCCAGAAGCGCCGAGUAGAUGUCUUCAUGUGCACGGGCGAUAAUCAGACGACUGCCCACGCUGUCGCCCACAUGCUAGGAAUCCCACGCUCAAACGUCAUGGCGAACGUUCUGCCCGCAGAGAAAGCAAGCUUUGUACGCUCUGUCCAGGACAGUUCAGCACGGACACAACCUUCACCACAGCCAAAGAAAGCACGCUCUAUUGUUGCUUUCGUCGGCGACGGCGUGAACGACUCUCCUGCCUUGGCCGCUGCAGACGUCAGCAUCGCCAUGGCAUCUGGCUCAGAUGUAGCCAUGAACUCUGCCAGCUUCAUACUUCUCAACUCGGAUCUCAACACCAUUUUACACCUAGUACUGCUCAGUCGCCGCGUGUUCAAUCGCGUUCGAAUGAACUUUGUGUGGGCUGUUGUAUACAACAUUUGUCUGGUCCCCGUCGCUGCAGGGGUCUUUUACCCGAUUGUCAGUGGUCACCACCAGAAGCUUGUCAAUGGCGAGUCCAUCACUGUCAACGAUCAUUGGAGGUUUAGUCCCGUUUGGGCUUCGUUAGCUAUGGCACUGAGUAGUAUCUCGGUUGUGAUGAGCAGUUUAGCGUUGAGGAUUAAUAAGGAAUCUAUCAAGAAUGUGAUCCGUUGGAGAAGAUGA